UUCCCUAAUGGUCACGUGGUCACUACUGUAAAACAAAAAAUAUAGCCACAGAUUAUAUAGCUAGCAAAGAAGUAAAUGAAGUCCACUAAUCAUGUAUUAUACAUCGACUAGAAUAGUACAUUUACUAUGGAUAUGUCUGCUCUGUCUUACCCUGCUGAGCCCCUAUUCAUUUGCUGGUAAAAUGAAGAUUGUUGAGGAACCAAAUACAUUUGGGCUCAACAAUCCCUUUUUGGCCCAAGGAAGUAGACUCCAGCCCAAGGUGACUCCAGGCCCAGUGUCAGGACCAGCACAUCUCCGCCGACUAGCAGGAAAGUGCUUCAGUUACAUAGAGUCCACGUAUAAAUAUGAAUUCUGUCCAUUCCACAACAUCACCCAGCAUGAGCAGUCAUUCAGGUGGAACGCUUACAGUGGCAUACUGGGAAUCUGGCAGGAGUGGGAGAUUGUGAACAACACCUUUUUGGCCAUGUGGAUGAGAGAGGGAGAUGCCUGUGGGAAUAAAAAUAGGCAAACAAAGGUCAUUCUGACCUGCGGUGGAAGUAGCAAGUUGGCUCAAGUGUCAGAGCCCACUACCUGUGUGUAUUCUCUAAGCUUUGAGACCCCACUUGUAUGCCACCCACAUUCUCUCUUAGUGUACCCAACUCUGAGUGACAAGCUGCAGAUGGAAUGGGAUGAAGUCGAACAGGCCCGCUAUGAGAACCUCAUUACUGAGCAGGGCUACAAUAAUCUACUGAGGGAUAUUUUUGAGGAUGCUGGUUUCCUAAAGAGCCAAAAGGUAAAGGAGAAGCCGGAUAUCACAACUACCUCAAAGACGCAUGAUUCCUUGCAGAAAUGCAACGAGGAUGUCCGUAAACAGAGGGAAGAGAUUGAGAGAUUGCAAGCUCUCCUCACUCAACAUAACAUUCCCCAUGAGUCAAAGGCAGCUAAGGCGAAGAUUCCAGUGAGUGUGACUGUGCAAAAUCGGCACCUGAGGGGGGACAACGGCCUCAUCGCAGACCUACUCUGAGGAUUCCAGACAUUUACACAAAAUAUUGCAGACCACUAACUGAACAGCAGAGAAGGAAGAUGUCACACAAUAAACAUGGCAGUUCCACAUUAGAGAAUUCAAGUUUAAAAAAGAAGUGUUUAUUCUAAAUACAAUUUUAGAGAAUCAACCAUGUUUUCUUGACUGUGAGGCCUACCUGUACUCCCCAAUGGCAUAGCUACAUUCUUAGAAUAUUUUUUUUUCAACUCCAUUGUGUCUCGACAGAAAUCAUACCUCUGCUAUCAAAGGAAGGACACUGAAGAUGUAAAUUGUUUGAUCCAGAAAAUACAUUUUUGAAGAAAAUUAAAAGUUACAGCCUUGA